AUGUCUACGCCAGAGGAAAAGGCGACAGCCUUCAAGAAUGAAGGCAACAAGGCCUUUGCUUCUCACGAUUGGCCCGCUGCUAUCGAGUUCUACACCAAGGCCAUUGAGCUCAACGACAAAGAGCCAACGUUUUUCACCAACCGCGCCCAGGCAAAUAUCAAGUCUGAAGCAUUCGGCUAUGCUAUUGCGGAUUGUUCGAAGGCGAUCGAGCUCAACCCCAACUUCGUUAAGGCAUACUUCCGCCGAGGCCUUGCCCAAACCGCCAUUAUCAGACCAAAGGACGCUCUCGGCGACUUCAAGAAGUGUAUAGCACUCGACCCAAAUAACAAGGAUGCUAAGUUGAAGCUGGACGAAUGCAGAAAGAUUGUUCGCAAGUUGGACUUCUUCGCCGCCAUCGAGGUUGGUGACGAGCCGUCAGCUGCGGAAGGCCUUGAUCUUAGCACCAUCAGUGUUGAGGAUGACUACGAUGGCGUCAGAUUAGGAGAGGAGAUGACGCAAGAGUUCAUUGACGACAUGACGGAGCGUUUCAAGAACGGCAAGAAGAUCCACAGGAAAUAUGUCUACCAAAUCAUCCUGGCCGUCAAGAAGCUUGUCUAUGACGAGCCGACUAUGGUGGAGAUGAAGAUCCCCGAGAGCACACAACUCACAGUCUGCGGUGACACACACGGCCAAUACUUUGAUCUCAUGGAGCUUUUCCGUCUCAACGGAACGCCCAACGACAAGCACUUCUACCUCUUUAACGGUGACUUUGUCGACCGUGGAUCAUGGUCUUGCGAAAUCGCUCUUCUGCUCUACGCAUACAAGUGGCUUCGACCUAACGCUUUCUUCCUGAACCGUGGUAACCACGAGACCGAUGACAUGAACCGUGUGUACGGUUUCGAGGGCGAGUGCAAGGCGAAGUACAACGAGAGAAUAUUCAAGCUCUUCUCAGAGAGUUUCUCUGCUUUGCCCCUGGCAACUCUGAUCGGCACCAAGUACCUUGUGCUGCACGGUGGUCUGUUCUCAGACGACAAGGUCACUUUGGACGACAUCCGAAAGCUCGACAGACACGCCCAGCGCCAGCCUGGCCAGGCGGGUCUCAUGAUGGAAAUGCUGUGGACGGACCCCCAAGAGGAGCCCGGCCGUGGCCCGAGCAAGCGCGGUGUUGGCAUGCAGUUCGGCCCCGAUAUCACCAAGAGAUUCUGCGAGAACAACGGUCUCGAGGCCGUCAUUCGCAGUCACGAAGUUCGCAUGGAUGGCUACGAGGUGCAGCACGACGGCCGUUGCAUUACUGGUAAGUUUCUGUGCUCUCCCAUGACCGUCCUUGACCUGGAAUUGACUGUCGUAGUGUUCUCCGCGCCAAGAUACUGCGACUCCACCGAGAACAGGGGAGCGUACAUCAAUGUAGGCCCCGAUUACAAGCUCGACUUCAAGCAGUUCGACGCCGUUCCUCACCCGGAUAUCAAGCCUAUGGCGUAUGCCCAGAGUUCUCUCAUGUCUUCUCUGAUGUAG